GCCUUCAACCUCCGGGCUGGUGACCAGGCCUGAGCAAUCGGAGGUCGAGCGCCGAGCGGGGCAGGGCGGGGACCCGAGCGCGGACCUGGCUUGCUCCCCGCGGCGCACCUGCCUUGGCCGUACCCCGCCUCCCCCGACCUCCACGGAACCUGACGAGCCUCCGAACCUUCUACUGAAGUGUGUCCUUGCCCCGCCGUGCGUGCUCUAUCGGGGUUUCCAGUUCCUCCUAGAGUCUCGAAGCCUUCUCCCCGCGGUGUCCAAGCCCUCCUCCCAGGGUCUCCGCACCCUCUCCUGUGGGAUUUCCAACGCUCCUCUCCCUGGGCCCAUGCCACACCUGAGGGCACUGGGUCCUGUUGGUGCUCAGUAUCUGUGAGGCCUGCUGUUUAGUUUACAACAUUCAGUUUCCUGUCCAGUGGGCAAGAAGUAAGAUCUUAACCAGUCCUGUCAAGAUACCUAAGAUUCUGAAUGAGUGGGAUUAGCAGUGAGGUUCAUUCAUAAGGAUUAAGUCUAAAGAAGAUUUUGCAGCAAUUUACUUUGGUAAACAACUCUGAAUGUGUCUGAAUCAGGAAGAAGUGCCCAGAAAAGAGAUUUUUUAGUUAUAUGACUUCUCAAAAAAUAGUGAGAUGUCAGGUUCCUCACCAUUUAAGAUGCGACUAGUUCAUCUGGACCUGAAAGGAGCCCCGCCAAAGGUCUGCUACCUCUCGGAGAUUUUCCCCCUGUUCCGUGCCCUGGGUGCAAAUGGCGUCCUCAUUGAGUAUGAAGACAUGUUUCCCUAUGAGGGCCACCUGAGGCUGCUGAGGGCCAAGCAUGCGUACAGCCCUUCCGAAAUCAAAGAGAUCCUGCACCUGGCCACACUGAAUGAGCUGGAGGUCAUUCCCUUGGUGCAGACAUUUGGGCACAUGGAGUUUGUGCUGAAGCAUGAGGCUCUUGCUCACCUCCGGGAAGUGGCACGUUUCCCCAAUACCCUGAACCCCCACAAAGAGGAGUCCCUGGCACUGGUCAGAACCAUGAUCGACCAGGUAAUGGAGCUGCACCCGGGCGCCCGGUGGCUCCACGUCGGCUGUGACGAGGUCUACUACCUUGGAGAGGGUGAGACCUCAAGACAGUGGUUGCAGCAGGAGCCCAACAGCAAAGCAGGGCUGUGUCUGUCCCACAUGGAGGCGGUGGCCAGCCAUGUGCGGGCCCGGUACCCCACCACAACACCCCUGAUGUGGGACGACAUGCUGCGGGACAUCCCUGAGGACCAGCUCUCAGGGUCGAGGGUGCCGCAGCUGGUGGAGCCUGUGCUCUGGGACUAUGGGGCUGACCUGGACAUCCACGGCAAAGCGCUCCUUGUGGAGAAGUACCAGAAGAGUGGCUUCUCCUGGCUCUGGGCCGCAAGCGCCUUCAAGGGGGCCACAGGAGUGAACCAGAGCCUGACCCCCAUCGAGCACCACCUCAGAAACCACCUGCAGUGGCUGCAGGUGGCGGGCAGCAUGCCAGCGGACACACUGCGGGGCAUCAUCCUGACUGGCUGGCAGAGGUAUGACCACUUCUCCGUGCUGUGCGAGCUGCUGCCCGUGGGAAUCCCGUCCCUGGCCGUCUGUCUGCAGGCGCUGCUGCACGGAGACUUUGCUGAACAUGUCAAAGCAAGAGUGGAGAACUUUCUUGGGGUUUCAAGCCUGGAGGAAAUGGAUUUUAGGAGUGAGGGCGCCAGCUCCUUCCCUGGCAGCGACAUCCUGGCCCUCGUCAUACAAGUCAGCCUCCAUCUGUGCAGCUCCGUGGACGCGCUGCUGGAGAGGGACAGGUACGUGACCGGCUGGUUCAGCGCCUACCAUCGCAGGAGGAAGCUCAUCCAUCCCGUCAUGAUCGAGCACAUCCAGCCCCAGGCACUCAGCCUUAUGAGGCUGGUGCAAAGGGCCCAGUUCCAUGGAUGAGUAAACUGAAGCCCAGGAUGUCCUGACCUGUGGGGUUCUGGAGGCCAUGAGGUACGCCCCAGGGCCCUCACUGGGCAGGCUCACUGUCUCACUGGUCCUCAGUCUCCUGGCCAGGUGGGACGCCCUCGCAGGGGAGCUGGAGGCUGCCCUGCAGCGUGUCUUCUACCCGGACACGGUGGAGGAGUGGCUGGAGGAGAACGUGCACCCCAGCCUGCGGCGGCUGCAGGCUCUGCUACAGGAUCUGGGUGAGGCGGCCGGCCCCAGGCAGGACUCAGGUCAGGACCCCUGAGGGGAGAGGCCAAGAACAGGCUUUCAGCAGCCCAGCACCCUUGUCUGGCUGCACCCGGCCCCAUGUGCCCCUCCUGAGUCCUGGACAGCCAUGCCAGCGGGCAGCAGCCACAGAGUAAAUAUGGAAGGAAAAGGCCCCUGGGCCUAUGCAGCGAUGAGCAUUAGAACUUUCUUUUGAAAUAAAAAGGAGAGUGGAAUCCAGAAA